AUGCGGGCCCCGGCAUCGUACUGUUACGUUCUGAUAAAGAUGAAGAAUACAUCAAAUGAGCGCCUGAUACUUCGCAACAUAUCAGGCGAGUUCCGCUCCGGGGAGCUGACGUGCGUGCUCGGCCCGUCAGGCGCUGGCAAGUCUACUCUGCUCAACAUACUGGCUGGAUAUACCACCAAAGGAGUGAAUGGACGCAUCACAGUAAACGGCACCGCUCGAGAUAUGCGAGUCUUCAAGAAGCUGACCAGCUAUAUCAUGCAAGACGAUUUGCUUCAGCCGCGGCUAAGUGUAUCCGAGUCUAUGCGAAUCGCAGCGGACCUGAAGUUAGGAAAAGAGUUGGGAAGGGCAGAGAAGGAACUUAUUGUGGAAGAAAUUCUGCAGACAUUAGGAUUGUGGGAGCACAGAAACACCAGAUCGGAAUGCUUAUCUGGAGGGCAGUCCAAACGACUCUCAAUCGCUUUAGAACUAGUCAAUAACCCUCCUAUCAUAUUUCUGGAUGAACCUACCACCGGGUUGGACGUCGUGUCCAUCAGACAACUGGUGGUGCUUCUCCGUUUGCUGUCACGUCAGGGACGGACCAUCAUCUGCACCAUUCAUCAGCCUUCUGCAUCGCUGUUCUCUCUGUUCGACCGUGUGUACAUUGUUUCAAGGGGCAUGUGUUGCUACCAGGGCGCAGCUCCCCUGCUCAUUCCGUUUCUGGCAGAAAUUGGCCACAUAUGUCCAUCAACGCACAAUCCCGCUGACUUCGUGAUAGAAACUCUCGCCACCGACCCCGAGGCGUCCGCUCAGAUGUCGGAGCUGUGCCAAAAUGGAAAACUCUGCCGAAAGUUAGACAGGAUGACACUUAGAGGAGGGAGAAAGCCCGUUUUACACUCAGACGAGUCAAUUCAGAGAAUCUUUGUGGAACAUGUCGCGAAAGAACAACUGCAGAAAAUGGAAUUCCCGACAACGUUCCUAACACAAUUCAUAAUAUUGACGAAACGUAUGUUUAUGCAAAGUCGACGAAAUUCGGUAACGUUAUGGAUCCAAUUGGCGCAUCACGUAGUAUCCGCAGUAUUGCUAGGCAGUAUUUUUUUCCUUGUGGGCAACGAUGGCAGCGCGCCUGUUGUGAAUUUCAAGUUCUGCAUUAGUGUGGUGGUCUUCUUCAUGUAUACUUACAUCAUGAUACCUGUCUUACUAUUUCCUAUGGAGGUUCGUAUUUUACGACGCGAAUACUUUAACCGCUGGUACGGUCUGAAAGCAUACUACGCGGCGCUAACAUUUUCAUCCCUUCCCGUUAUGUUACUCUUCGGUAUUCUGUUCUUAGGUAUUACAUAUUUGAUGUCAGGACAGAUACUUGAAUGGGACCGAUUCAUAUUGUUUGUAAUUUACGGAAUUCUCACCGGCAUAUGCUCAGAGGGUCUCGGAUUAGUAGUGGGAUCCGCAUUUGAUGCUACCAAUGGCUCCAUAAUAGGUCCAGCUACAGCGGCUCCACUUUUGGUGUUGUGUUGCUACGGUAUGGGUUUCGGACCUUACAUAGAAACCAGAAUGAAAGCCUUAAUGUCCCUAUCUUACCUACGUUACGGAUUAGCUGGACUGUCUAUUGCACUCUACCAAAAGAGACCGCUGAUGGAAUGCAGCCAGGAUUUCUGCCUAUAUUCCGACCCUCAACUCUUGCUAAGAGAUGUAGGAAUGGCCACUGACACUUAUUACAUGCAAAUCCUUGGUUUGCUCGUAUUCAUUUUGAUUCACAGGGUGAUCGCGUACUUCGUGUUACGUUACCGCCUAACUCCAGAAUUUUCAAACAAAUUUAUGUCAUACAUUAGCAAAUUUUUAAAAUACAGAUAA